AUGAAGUCGAUGGGACUGUUCUUCGGGCUCCUCGCCGCCGCCGGUGUUGCCGCUGCGCCGGGCAAGGACUACGAACACAAGGUCAAGGAAACCAUCGCACCUCCCAGGGGAUGGACCAGAGUCAAGCCGGCUCCUGCCGAUCACUUCCUCGACCUUCGUAUUGGUCUGCCGCAGCGCAACUUCCCGCUGCUUGAGCAACACCUGUAUGAGAUUAGCGAUCCCUUCCAUGAGCGCUACGGUGCUCACCUCUCGAAAGCGGAGUCGAGGCUCUGGUUGCGCCUCACGAAGAGACUAUGGUUUUGCAUCGCACGAACUGUCCGCUCGCCUGCUGGUGACUGGGUCAAGGUCCGAGUCCCGGUUAGCCUUGCGGAGGACAUGCUGGAGACGGAAUAUCACGUCUGGCAACACGAAGAGAGCGGGGAUGCUGUCGUCCGCACGACGUCUUACAGCCUGCCUGAGCACCUGCACGUGCACAUCGACGUUGUCCAGCCCACGACGACAUUCGCUCGCAUGAAGGGCAUGAGGGCGACUUACCGCUUCGCAGACGAGGACGUGCAGGUCGCCGACACUGCAGAGUCUACCAUCCCGAUCCCUUCGGCUUACAAUGGGCAGGUCAACGCGAGCUGCAAUGCGUCGAUCACGCCUACUUGUCUCCGCGAGCUCUACAACAUCGGCGACUACACUCCCCAGGCCGCUGACGUGAACAAGAUUGCUUGUACCGGCUAUCUCGAGGAGUACGCUAACUUCGAGGACUACAAUGACUUCAACGCCAAGUACCUCCCGGAGGCCAUCAACUCGACGUUCGACGUCAUCUACAUUAACAACGGAAGUAACGAUCAGAGCCUUGACGAUGCGGGCGUCGAGGCGAACCUCGACACCCAGUAUGCCUUCGGUCUGUCAUACCCGACGCCGGGUACAUUCUACACUACGGGUGGAAGCCCUCCCUUCAUCCCGGACGACAUCACGACCACCGACUCUAACGAACCAUAUAUAGACUGGCUCGCCUACAUACAAAGUGAUCCUAGUCCGCCGCAGACAAUCUCCACUAGCUACGGCGAUAACGAGCAGACUGUUCCAUACAGCUAUGCGACGCGUGUCUGCCAAGAAUUUGCUCAGCUGAGUGCUCGUGGUGUCUCGCUCAUAUUCAGCUCCGGUGACGACGGCGUCGGCGACGGGGACUCAAAUCCGGCCACUCAGCAGUGCUUCACGAACAACGGCCUUAACAAGACGGAGUUCGUUCCGGCGUUCCCUGCCAGUUGUCCAUACGUCACUGCCGUAGGCGCGACUUGGUACAUCCCGGAAGAGACGUACCGCAUCUCGGGUGGCGGUUUCAGCAACUACUUCCCCCGGCCCUUGUACCAGGAUGUGGCUGUUCCCCCUUACCUGAAGAACCUGGGGGACACCUACAAGGGUCUCUAUAACACUUCUGGCCGUGCCUACCCUGACGUCGCGGCGCAAGGCCAGUGGUUUUGGAUCUUCAGCGGUGGCGAAAACUUCCGCAUCGGCGGUACCUCAGCCGCGGCGCCCACCGUCGGCGGCAUCGUGUCGCUCAUCAACGACGCUCGCCUCGCGAAGGGCCUCCCCACGCUCGGCUUCCUGAACCCGCUCAUCUACGCGAUCGGCGCGAUUGUCCCGGAUGCGUUCAAUGACAUCGUCGGGGGGAGCAACCCUGGCUGUGGUACUGAAGGCUUCACCGCUGAGGUCGGCUGGGACCCCGUCACUGGCUUCGGCACGCCGAACUUUGGCAAGCUGAAGGACAUUGCUGUCGGCGACAUUGGCGGUCUUCUAGAUUUUUAG